UCCAUAAACAGCGUGACGUCACCGAUGCUCGUCCUCGCUUCCUGGUGCAAGCAAAACAGCGGAGAGAAGUGAAACAGCAGGUCAGUAACGGACUCAAGUUCUCGGAACUAAGUUUGCGCCAAACAAACCACGGAGUCGCAGAAAAUGGUCUUCAGGUAGCCGGAAAACGAGGGGUGAAGGGCGGUAGAGGCUUCCACUGACGGUGCCAUUGUAACUACAAGUGUAUUUAAAGAGCAGUAAAGCUGAGCUGUGAGAGGAGUAGCGGGGGCGCGAUGCUGUAGCCAUGGACAGCAGGAUACGUGAAAAUCCAGAAAGGACGUUUGAUUUGGUGCUACAAGUGGCAUGCCCAUUAUCCGAAAAUGAAGAUCCGACAGUGCUGUGGAAGUUCCCCCAGGACUUCGGAGACCAGGAGGUCCUGCUAGUGGUUCCCAAAUUCUGUUUCCCCUUCGACGUGGAAAGAGUGUCCCAGAACGAGGUGUGCCAGAACUUCACAUUCGUCCUCACCGACAUCGACAGCAAGCAGCGCUUCGGCUUCUGCCGUCUCACCUCCGGCUGUAAGGUCUGCAUCUGUCUGCUCAGCUAUCUGCCAUGGUUUGAUAUUUACUACAAGCUGCUCAACACUUUUGCAGACUACUUAAUAAAGCAUCAGGAGGACGAUCUGAACAAUGUGUUGGAUACGCUGUAUGAAAUGCCCGUGCCCAAGCCAGCCACGACUGUAUCUUUGAGCGUGCACUUGCACUUUGUUGUCCCAGACAGUAAUGGACUCCUGUCUAUACCUGAAAGUAAAAACCUAGCACAAUACAUUAUGGCAGUAAAUGAGAAGAAUAUGCUGCACCUAUAUGCCAGCAUGCUGCAUGAACGUCGCAUUAUCAUUACCUCCAGCAAGCUUAGAACUUUAACUGCAUGUGUUCAUGGCUCGGCUGCCAUGCUCUACCCUAUGUACUGGCAACACAUCUACAUCCCUGUUCUUCCUCCUCACCUGCUGGACUACUGCUGUGCGCCCAUGCCAUACCUGAUUGGAGUUCAUCUGAGCCUGUUAGAGAGAGUGAAGAAUAAAUCUUUGGAGGACGUUGUUAUCCUAAACGUGGACACAAACACACUGGAGAGUCCAAAUGAUGAUCUACACAACCUGCCCAGCGAUGUGGUCUCGAGUCUGAAGAGCAAGCUGAAGAAUCAGUCGACCGCCACGGGGACAGGAGUGGCUCGGGCCUUCCUCCACUCUCAAGCUGCUCUGUUCGGCUCCUACAGAGACGCUCUGAGAUACAAACCAGGAGAGCCAAUCACCUUCUGUGAAGCGAGCUUUGUAGCGCACCGCUCCAGCACCAUGAGGAGUUUCCUCGAGAUGGCCGUGAACCUGCAGCUCUUCAAACAGUUCAUUGAUGGCAGACUGGCCAAAUUAAACACAGUAAAAGCUUUCACAGACGUCUUUGAGGAAGAGAUCACAGAGGGGGGCUUCUGUGGAAGUAAUUCGAGAUCUUAUCAGCACAGGGUGAUGCAUACUGUGAAGAAAGGAGUGCAUAAGGCAAGUCCAGCUGUAAAAUCAGCAUACAAAUCUGCCAAAGAUCAUGCAAAAAAAGGAUUGCAGGGUGUAAAGGAGAGGAUGAGACUGAAGGACACUGAGGAGGAGAAUGGCCUGUACCGUCCUGAUUCUCCUACCAGCACUAAAAGCCUCUCACCCAGAAGGCUUCAGAAGAGAAUACAUCAAAAGCAACAUGUGCACAGCAAAUUUCCAGACUAUGCUAUUGACACGGACGACGAUCUGGACACAGCCAGCAAAGUCUCUGAAGACAGCGGGGACAUGCCAUCCUACACUGAGGACAGUGAGGAUUCAUACGAACUAGAAUCUGAGGAAGGAGGGGCAGGCCAGAUGAAUCUGCUGGAAGAGAUUCUGGACUCGCUGAGCGCCACCAACAUAGAUCGGGGUUCCAGGCUCUCUGCAGCCAAGAGCCUUGACUUCUUCAGGUCCACGGAUGAAAUUGAUUUCAGUACCACGAAUAACUCUGUUGGGAAGACUAGUCUGGCACAGGCUGGUGCAGUGAGUACAGCUGGCAGUGGAGAUCAGAGCUGCUGGAACACAGGGCAGGAUGACAGUGCUGUCCACGGUAAGCAUCUGCCUCCUUCUCCUCGUCGGCAGUGUAGCACACGCUCGUUGCCGACUCUUUCCAGCAAACCUUGUGAGAAGCCGGCAGGUGUGAGAAAUUCCUUCUCUGAGGUUCCCCCCCAGACCCUGGCACUCAAAACGGACGAUGAUUCCGACCCUCCUGUCCACCCAGGAAUCACUUCAGAACUGAAACUGAGCCCAGAGAAACCUGCGCCAGAAGGCAGCAGCAUCCUCAGAAGGAAAGUCCUGUCCAAAGAGACGUUUAAGCACUACCAGGAGCGCUCACAGCAGGGGGGAGGUAACAGGCAGCCUUCCAUGCUGGUUUCCUGGGAGAAAGGGUUUGAGGACUAUGAGGAUGGAAUGGAAAAUGAGGAUGAAAAGAAGGUGCAGGAGAAAGGUUUGCUGGAGGAGAUGGAUACUUUGUUUUGCUUCAGUAUGGCGCUGACGUCUGCGCAGGUGCAAACCAGUGCUGGUCUUGAUAAAAGCUGAGAAUCUAA